UCUGGACAAAAAUCUCUCAAAGGAUUGGACUUGGAUGAUAGGCCGGAAAUGGGGGAUCAGCCCUUGAAGGAGGAGAGAGAGCCCACCAGCUCAGGGGCUCACUUCAAUGCAGCUCACCAGCACGUCAAGCUGACGCCUUCAGGUCUGCUCUCCAAGGAGCCCUCAGCGCUCAGGACACUAAAGGUCGUUUUGGUGAUCUUCAUCUGUCUGAUCCUGGCUCUGGUGGCUGCUGUCGUGUAUGUCCAAAUAGUCAAGGCCAGUUCUAAGAAUAUCAGCGCCCAGAAUUCCGACCCCCAGAUGUUGAGAAAUUACCCGGAAAACGCAAGUGCCUCGAGUUCCCCCAGCCCGGGGCCCCGAGGCAGUCUGGGCAACGCCAGUGCCGAGAUCCAGCUGCUAAAGGAAGGCCUGAGAGAGGCCCGUGCGCAGGCCCAGCUGGCCGGUGACCGCACCAGCGCCCAGAUCCAGACGCUGAGCCGAGAGCUGACCAAGGUGAGCUCCCUGGAGUCGCAGACCCGGAGGCUGGCCGGCGGCCUGGGAAACGCCAGUGCCGAGAUCCAGGGGAUGAAAGGGAGCCUGAAGAGUGUGGAUUCCUUAGCAGCCCAGGCCCAGGAGCUCAGGCGGGACCUAGAGCAGGCGGGCAGGGAGAUAAAGGCUCUCCAGAGCGAGCUGGGGAACGUCAGCGCUCUCCGUUCCCUGGCCCGGGAGCUCCAGAGGGGCCUGGAACUGGCUGACACCGACAUCCAGAGGCUCACGGCUAAGCUGGGGGACAGCGGCCCCCUGAGCUCCCAGCUCCAAAGGCUGCAGGCCAGGCUGGAGAGAACCGAGGCCGAGCUGCAGAACCUGAAGAAAGGUCUGCCCAAGGCUGCGGCUUUUCAGGCCCAGGCACAGCUGUUGGGGAGCGGCUUGGAGAGCACCAAGGCCGAGGUCCAGGGGCUGAGGGGGCAGCUGGGAAAGACCAAGGCUGAGCUCGAGCUGCUCAGAAAGGGGCUGGGAGGGACCGCCCGCCAAGCAGAGGCCGCGGCCGGGGGCCUGCGGAACGCCAGCGCGCAGAUCCAGAUGCUCCAAGCACAGCUGGGCUCUGGGAGCGCGGAGGUCCGGCUGCUGCGGAGUCAGCUGGCAAGGGCUGAGACCGAGCUGCAGACGCUGAGGGACGGGCUCAAGGAGCACGGCGCCUUGGCCUCCCAGGCCCAGACGUUGGCCGAAGGGCUGGCCCGAGCCUCUCGGGAGAUCCAGGGCUUGAAGGCGGUGUUAGGGACAGUGAGCCAGAUCCCGGCGCUGAGGAGUGACCUGGACGGGGCCAAAGGGGAGAUACGGACGGUGAGGGAGAGGUUGGCCGCUGUUCCCGAAAUCCAGACGUUAAAGAGCCAGCUGGAGGCCGUGACCCGGCAGCAGCAAACGGUGCAAGUCAACCUUCUGCAGCUCGUCAUCCAAGGCUGGCGCUUCCACCAGGGGAAAGCCUAUUACUUCUCAAGCGCCAAAAAGACGUGGAGCAAAGCCGAGGAGUUCUGCGUGGCCCAAAACUCCCACUUGGCCUCCGUGACCUCCGAAGAAGAGCAGGAGUUUCUGGGAAAGGCAACGAACAAAGUUUAUCACUGGAUAGGCCUGACGGACAAAGGAACGGAAGGCAACUGGCGCUGGGUCGAUGGCACUCCUUUUAACAGUGUCAAGAGCAAAAGGUUUUGGAACAACAAUCAACCAGACAACUGGAACUAUGGUAAUGGGGUACAAGAAGACUGUGUCCACUCCACGGAGAAGUGGAAUGACAUAGUAUGUGAGAAACCCUUCCCCUGGAUCUGCAAGAAGGACCUAACUAAUCUCUUCCCCAACUAGAGGAACAGAGGAGGAAUCAUAGAGUUUUGACUUCAAAAACCCAAGAGCCGUCUAAAUUAUAGGGAUGUUGACCCUGGAGUCAUUAGGACCUGAAUUUGAAUCUUGCCUCAGACAUUUGCUAAAAUCCUCUUUGACACAUUUCACUUUUCUGUGCCUCAGUUUCUCCUUCUGUAAAAUGAGGGAAUGAGGCUUGACUUCUCUCCAACUCUGUGUCCACGAUCUUAGUUAAAUCAAAUCCUACCCAUUUAUGUCACACAGAUUCAAACCUCAUAAAGCUCUCUCCCUUUUCCAAGUCCCAAUACUGGCUUUUUACGCAUCUUUUUAAACUUACUCCCGGAUCUUAGCUCUUAGCUCUGUGUGACUUCUCUGCUGACUGACUGUCCAGCAUGGGAACUGAAGACCACCAAGUUAAUGAGACACUAGGACCCACUCUCCACUUACGCACUGGAGAGAGUCCUGGACUCGUCACCAAAGACCUGACCCCUGUCACCGCUUAGUUACAUAGGGCUCAGCGACCUGCAAUAAAUCAUUGAAUGAAAGGGUUGGACUCAAUAAUUUCCAAAAUCCAUCUCAACCCUAAUGUUCCCCACCACCAUGCUCUUAAUCAAGUCAGCCAGAUUUAUUAAGCACUUGCCAUAAGCAGGCACUGUGUCGGUUACUAGGAAUGCCCAUACAAGCAGAAAGAGACACAAUCAAUCCCUCGAUAUUCUCUCCUGUCCCUUCCCUGUCCCAACUCUCCUCAGGCUUCUUUGCUGAAUUUUUACCCAGCUCAUGUCCACAGAUCAUGGGGAGACCCCAAGGCCCUUGAUCCCUCUUUUUUUCCCCUUCUGUGCAAUUUUGCUUGGUGAUCUCAUCAACUCCCACGUAUUUAGGGGUCACCUUUAUGCAGAUGAACCUCAGAUCUAUUUAACCAUCCUACUCUCUCUGCUGACCUCCCAUUUCACAUCUCCAACUGCUGGGUCAGGACAUCAAGCUGAAUGUCCUGCAGAUAACUUAUUUGUCCAAAAUUAGUCCCAAAACAUGCCCUCCACCUAACUUCCUUAUUACUGUUGAGGUCACCCAUAUGUCCUCAGUCACCCAGGCUAGGGAUCAUCCUCAUCACUUUUACCUCACUCCUGUGUCCAAUCUACCUUCACAUUGCUUGUAUAGCUCCCUGUCUCUCCUCUCACACUAUUACUACAAUAGUGCAGACUAUCAACACAUUCUAAAUGCCAUAGUCUUUCUUUUAAAUCAGUCAAUCACUGGAUACUUAUUAAGUACCAGGAUCUCCCUGUUGGCUCCAAGAUCCAACAUAAAACUCUCUCUCUGGCUUUUAAGGCCUUUCACAGCUUGGCCCUUUCCUCCUCUCUUAAUCUCCUUACACAUCCAUCUACUGACUACUUGGUGACAGAGAUACAGUCUUCUUGCUGACCUUCCCAUAAGACACUCCAUCCCUGCCCUGAGCAUUUCCCCAGGGGUUCCCCAGGUCUACAGUGCUCUCCCUCCCCAUCUCGGCUAAAUCUCAGCUCGAAUCCUAUCUUUGCAAGAAACUGUUUCCCUCAAUAUUAUGACCUUCCCUCGGAGAUCGCCUUCAGUUUUACCCAAGCACACAAGUGGGUAUGUGAGCACAUGAAUAUAGCAAACAUAUGUGUAUGUAUACAUGUUCAUAUGGCUUGUUUGUACGUUGUUGUCUGUGUACUCCCUCCCCUAUUAGUGUGUGAGUUCUUGGAGGGUAGUUUUUGCCUUUCUUUGUGUUUAGAACAUAAUAAAUCCUAGCUGGCUGUGGACUAAAUAGCCAGCACAAGGUACAGAGUGGGAUAGAACUCACAAGGAAUCCAAUGCAGUUGGGUCAUAAAUGUGUGGAGAAGAAUAAAGUACAAGUGU